GCAUAUCAGUCCUGGCGGCGCGACGGCAAAUAGCCCCAUUCUACAUACUGACUGUUAUUUAGAAGGUAUUCUCCUCUAUUCUACCGUCGGUUUGAACUGGUGAUACCAGCACAAGUGUGAUCCACAGCUCAGGUACCGCCAUGGCUGCGCUGUCGGGAGGAGAGAUGUGCAUCAAAUACCUGAUGUUUGCCUUCAACCUGGUGUUCUGGCUUGCAGGCACUGCUGUCUUUGCUAUAGGUCUUUGGCUACGAUUAGACCCCAAGACCAAAGGUCUUUUUGAAGGAUCAGACUCUCCGUAUGUGUUUUACACAGGUGUAUAUAUCCUGAUAGGAGCUGGAGCGCUGAUGAUGGUGGUGGGUUUUCUGGGAUGUUGUGGGGCUAUUCAGGAGUCCCCCUGUAUGCUGGGACUGUUCUUCUUCUUCCUGCUUAUCAUAUUUGCUAUUGAGGUCGCAGCUGGAAUCUGGGGAUUUUCCAAUCAAAGCAAGGUGGUGAAUGACAUCACAACAUUCUACAUGCAGACCUACAACAACUUCAAGGAAACAGGAGAUGAGCGCCUUAGAGAAACACUGCGGGUGAUUCAAACUGGGCUGAACUGCUGUGGUCCAACUGGUACUGUUGUAGAUACUGCCAAAGACACCUGUCCCCAGGGAGAACCGCUUGAGGAGCUCAUUACCAAGAGUUGUCCCGAUGCCAUUGAUGAAGUGUUUGACUCCAAGCUACACAUCAUAGGAGGAGUGGGCAUCACAAUCGGGGUUGUUAUGGUGUUUGGGAUGAUCUUUAGCAUGCUCCUGUGCUGCGCCAUCAGGAAGUCUCGGGAGGUGGUGUGACACCCACCAUCAUACCCCAAAGUCCUUGUUAAUGUUGCAUGAUGUCAUUCCUAGAGUCAAAGACUCUCCACUGCCAAUAGAAACACUGCUUGUUUAAGGGGGACAACCUAAGCAAGGCUGGGUGCAGAUAUUUCUGAUUGUACAUUAUUCGUCAGUUCUAACUGUACUGUUGACACUUAGGCCCACGUUCCUGGACUAGAUAGAUGCGAUGUGGUUAUUAAGCCCAACUAUAGAAUGGGUGUCAUCUGUGCUUCAGUGGCAAUGUAGUACAGAAAUGUGUAAUUUGUGGUCAUUUGAUUGAAAUUAGUGUUUGUGAACUGCUAAUUAUCUAAACAAAAGAUCAUAUUAUUGUAUACUGAUCACAUUUCUAUUGCUACCACUCGGGGUCACUUACUGGCAAGAAGAGUCAUGGUCCAGGGCCAUAAAAAAAGGCAACCACCACCACUUCAGCACAAUACAGCAGUAGCCAAUGAAAUUCUUCAAUUCAUCUUUCUUACAACACUUAAGUCAAAACCAUGGUGACUAGCUGAGCUGUGAACUGCGGUUUUUCACAGCUUGGUAUUAAGAGUAGCAUCUCGGUUCCUUCAUUACAAUGACAUUUUGUUUAUUCCUUUCCUUCCUUUCCCCAUCACCUAAACUGCCCUUGUUUAAAACGCCUUUCAUUUUUUGUCACAUUUUGUAAAUGUGUUUUUUUUUUAAAUUGCAAAACAUUUCUAAUAGUAGAUGAUUAAAUGGUAUGUGUGGUUUGAUUAUCUAUUUUAUAAUGUCCUUUUCAUUUUACAGAUACCAUAUGCACUAUGUUUCACAGAGACAAAAAUGAAUGAGAUCCAAAUAAACCAAACUGUACUAAGUUGA